AGUGCAUAAAAGCCCCAGAUCCGGAGGAGGCACCAGAAUCUGACAACCUCACCUCUGGACAGGACCUGCCCACCCUCCACCCCUGACACCAUGACCCACUCGUGCUGCUCCUCUUGCUGCCAGCCUAUGUGCUGCAGGACCACCUGCUGCCGGACCACCUGCUGCCAGCCCAGCUGCUGUGGGUCCAGCGGCUGUGGACACAACUGCGGUGGGUCUAGCGGCUGUGGGUCAAGCUGCUGCCAGCCUUGCUGCCGCCCAACUUGCUGUCAAACCACCUGCUGCCAGCCCAGUUGUUGUGGGUCCAGCGGCUGUGGGUCCAAUGGCUGUGGACAAAACUGCUGUGGGUCCCAGUGCUGCCAGCCAGUUUGCUGUACCCCUGUGUACUGCACGAGAACCUGCUACCACCCCACCUGCUGCUGCCUGCCUGGGUGCCUAGCCCAGGGCUCUGGAUCCUGCUGCCAGCCCUCCUGCUGCUGAUUGCCUCGCCAAGAACCACCAUCUGGUCACAACACUGAUUUUUGUUUGGGAAACAAAGUCACUGUCAAACAUUGCUGAAAACCAGCAUGCAAUCACAAACAUUUCUGUUACUCAUCUGCCUGUUUACAAGCUUGUGAAUCAGCUUGAUGAAAGUCAACUACUUCUCCCUGAUUAUCUUCUUCCUUCCUCUUUAAGGCUCACAUGCCAGCUUUACACAUCCUCGUACAGCCAUGAUUUCUGCCUAAUUCUGUAGUCAAGAUCUUUAUCCUGUCCCUCCAAGUACUUUGGAGAAACAAACCCACAUAACUGACACUUAAGUUUUUGCAAAAAUGGGAAGUGUGCACUAAUAUUUUUUCUUUCUCGGUGCACUGAUGGUUCUUGUAUGCUGCUUUCUUCCUGUCAUGAUCCCUUUGAAUGUCUCCCUAGGUGCCUCACAUAUAUUUUUUAAUAAAUCCAUUUGUCAUCUCA